CAUUUCUUCUUAAAACUGACACGACACGUCUAUGAGUAUCCAUCACAAUCCACACAGGCAAAGAGCCCGGGAAGCAGGGCAGGCCCGCCUUCCUCCACCACGCUCCCCUCUCUCCCCCACUCCUUUCUCUCUACUCUUCUCUCUGCUCCAAACCCCGAUCCCUUUUUUCAUGCGUUUUUUGCACUUUCAUUCCUCUACUCUAACCUCGUCAUCUCUUCCUUCACGCACAACAGCACGCACCCCCUUUAUAUGUGAAUCCAAAAUUUAAUGGAGUUUCAUAACUGAGAAUAAUUUUUCAGAUAUUUAUUUCUUCCAUGGAGGAAAGUAGAAAAAAAAAACCCAACCACCACCGCCACCAACAGAGCAACCCACAUUCAAUGAACUGAACUGAUUCUAUCCCUAAUACUCUGUUUUUGAGUUUCUGGGUUGCUACUGAAAAUGGCUGCCUUAAAUGUUCCUCCGGCCGACUUAGAAUCCGGUGAGAAUCCCGGUGCUGAUGUUGGGAGUGGUAGUGUUCGUCGCCACCGUCGCCGCCGCCGUCGACGGAGGCAGAGGCCCUCCGCGGCAGCUAGCAGUGAGACGACUACCGACGGGAGUUUCAAGUUUUCGGACACCGAGGACGAGGAACGGUCGAUGCAUUCGCAGCGGCUGGGGUCCACGGCCGGCGGGUCGUACGAGGAAUGCAGGUUCUCGACGGAGUCUGAUGGGAUAUCGGUGGUUUCCGGCACGAAAAGGCACAGCAGCCGGCGAGGAGGGUCGUCGACAUUUUCGGAUGAGGAAGAAGCGGAAGAGGAGGAGGGGAUGGUGGAUUUGGAGAGUGGUGAAUUGGAGCUUAAAGUUCAUAGUAGAGGGAAUAGGAGGGAAUGUAGAAUUUGCCAUUUGAAAUCCAGCGCCGCCGGAAAUGGUGCCGGUCGCGGUGGCGGCGAUCAGAGCUUUAUUGAGUUAGGUUGUAGCUGUAAAGGGGAUUUGGGUUCAGCCCAUGAGCAAUGUGCUGAGACUUGGUUCAAGAUUAAGGGCAACACAACGUGUGAAAUUUGUGGUGCCUCUGCAGUUAAUAUCGCCGGAGAACAGACAAUUGAGAUACAUGUCAGCAAUGGUUUAGCUCCUGCAGCAUCAGCAACACCUUUUAUCUUCCCAGAGAACAGAAGUUACUGCCAUGGCCGCCGCGUGAUGAAUUUCUUGCUUGCCUGCAUGGUAUUUGCCUUCAUAAUCUCAUGGCUUUUUCACUUCAAAAUACUACCAUGAAUGGAUAAUAUAUGUUCCAGGCAGAAAAAGAAUAUCAAGGAGAGUUAAAUUGUGUUUGCAAUAGUGGGUUGCUUUAUUAACUACAGGAAAAUUAUAGGAUUUGUUAGUGGAAUGUAAAUUGUGUAAAUGCUUCUGAGUUCUGAGUAUGGAUCAUUUUGACUUUCUUUUAUCGCUUCUGACUGGUUACUGGACUAUGAAAUUGCAGUCAUGGUCCAUUGCUGAUAUCUUUUGCUGCUUUAAAUUAAC